AAGGAAGGAUCAGGGGCUCUUUGCUUGCUUCCUUCCCUUCUCUUCCCUUCCUUCUUUUGGGGUCUGCUGCCCCCCAAGAGAAAAGGAGGAGCCCCACUUCUUCUUCUUCUUCUCCUUCUUCCUCCAGGUUCCCAGCUGGGCGAUUCCCCCCAAAAGGCACCAUGAAUGUAUUCCGCUUCCUGGGAGACAUCUCUCACCUCCUGGCCAUCAUCAUUUUGCUGCUCAAGAUUUGGAAGACAAGGUCCUGCGCUGGGAUUUCUGGGAAGAGUCAAGCUCUCUUUGCUAUUGUCUUCACUACACGGUACCUAGACCUAUUUACCAACUACAUCUCAUUGUACAACACCUCCAUGAAGGUUGUUUAUAUUGCAUGUUCUUAUGCCACAGUGUGGAUGAUCUACAGCAAAUUCAAAGCCACUUACGAUGGCAACCAUGACACUUUCCGAGUGGAGUUCCUGGUCAUUCCUACAGCAGUGUUAGCUUUCCUAGUGAAUCAUGACUUUACUCCCCUUGAGAUCCUCUGGACCUUCUCCAUCUACCUGGAGUCAGUGGCUAUCCUGCCACAGCUCUUCAUGGUCAGUAAGACCGGUGAAGCAGAAACCAUCACAAGCCACUAUCUCUUUGCCCUGGGUGUCUACCGUGCCCUCUACCUGUUCAACUGGAUUUGGCGUUACCAGUUUGAAGGUUUCUUUGACCUAAUUGCCAUUGUGGCCGGCUUGGUACAAACCAUACUCUACUGUGAUUUCUUCUACCUCUACAUUACAAAAGUUCUGAAAGGCAAGAAGUUGAGUUUGCCAGCAUAGUCCAGACUGAGACCAGCACAGGAUUCUUUGGCCAAGGAAGAUGAAGGGACUCUUUUCCAGGAAAUUAGACACAGAUUGACUUUUUUUUACCAAGUUAGUCACCUUUUGGUCUCUUCGUGCCGCCUAAACUUUUAUCUGAGAGUGAUUUUGGACAAAGCAAUGGAUGAUGAUUCUGCUUGAGAGACUGAUAUAGAUGGAGGUAAAGUAGGAUUCAGCUUGGAUUCUAAGCAAAUAACCGCUACUUCUGGGUAAUAUGUAGAUUGUAGAUUUCUCAAAACCCUUUUUUGGAUCAUUUUCCUAUAUUUCUAUAUUCUUGAUUUUCAUUUUGUUGAUGAACCAGCAAAGGUAGGAAAUGUCUUUUAUUUGUUUUGGAAAUUACCCCCCUCCUUUGCACUCAUGUUUUGGGCUUUUCCUUUUGUGAGGCCUAAGGCUGUGGGGCUGUCCAGAUAAAGAAGAGCGCUUAUAAAUUUAGUCUGUUUCCUUCAGAUAGUGAUGUUGAUGAAGGGAAUCUCAUUUUUAAAAAGAUUACUGUCAAGAAAAGACUUCCUCCUUUAAAUAGUUUCUCAGUUACUCUUUCUUCAUUUUGUAUGUUAUUUGAUCAUUAAUUCCUCAUCCACUUUGAAUAAACAUUCAAACCAUUCCCCCGCCCCAGUUAAAGAGUGCCUUUGUGGAAGGGGAAGGGGGUUGAAAUAAAAAGAAAAUCUGUUUU